AUGUGUUCUGACGUCAUGCAUUGGUGUCGAGAUGCCCAAAUCUGCUCAUUUCCUUCAGCCAUUCACGUAAUUGAUGGUCACGUGAUCAAGUUGGCGAUUCUCUCUACUAGAGGUUCUCUAGGCCGACCUGUUAAACGCACAUUUCGUACGAUGACUGUGCCACCGGAUUCCUAUCAGAUCUCAGUGAACAUCAUAAAGGCUAUCAAAGAACACCCUGUACUUUAUUGUACUGAGGUGAAGGGUGAGCCGGUGAAGCUGAAGGAAUUCAAACUGCAAGUGUGGAAAUAUAUCUGUGACGAACUUGGACUGGACUCUACAUGGGUUAAACUAAAAUGGAAGUAUCUAAGUGAUACUUAUUUCCGCAUUUUGAAGUGCAUAACUAAGGCAGACAAAGGUGUGAGAAGAAAAAGAUGGAUCUUUGAGGAUCUCUUAAACUUUCUAAAAUUUCCAUGUGAAACAGAUUACGAGCCACAGUGUGCAGAACUGACCAAGGAAUACGUUGAACUGAUAAAUUCGAAAGAUUUGACUACCAAAGGUUUGCUGGAGCAGUUAGUAGACCGAAGUGAUUCUGAAUUCCUGGAAGUUCUUGAAGAGACAUCAGCCAAUCCAGUUCUUGAAGAGACAUCAGCCAAUCCAGUUUUUGAAGAGACAUCAGUCAAUCCAGUUAUACUACAACCCGUUGAAGAAACAGUAGGAACAGCAGAAACAGCAGAAAUAUUGGGCGACAGUAAUGAACAGACAUUCGCUCAAGAAGUGCUGAUUGUACAAGAGAUUCCUACAGAGGAUGUGAACAAUAUUAAUAAAAAACGGUCAAAGAAUCAAAAGAAUCAACGUACAAAACGAUUGAAAACCAGAAAUACUUCUCUAGUAUCACCUAGCUGUAGAAGAACAAGGUCUUCCACGAAGUUCGAUAAUAUAAAUGUAAGUGAUAUUACAGUGAUUGAGCAACCUAUUCUUGAGAAAAAAACACCUAGCGUACCACGUAGUGUAUCACGUAGCUUACCUAUCCUACCAUCUACCGUACCACCUAACGUACCUCCUAGUGUACCUCCUAGUGUACCUCCUAGAGUACCUCCUAGAGUACUUCCUAGAGUACUAUCUAACAUACCAGUUAACAUCAUAUUACCUGGCAUACCGUUUAUGACUCAUGGCACAAGUCGUGAGAAAAAAUUACCAUCUACAGCGCAAGCGGAUAUCAGGUUGAGUAUCUGCAAACUCGUCACAGAGGCGGAAAUAAAAUAUUGUGGUACAGUACAGAGCACACAACAGUUCUUAACACCGUCCGGCGUGAUACCUAAGCUAAUUUUGAUUCCUUGUAGUAAGUUGGAUAAUCCAAAUGAUAAGAAUUGA